GAGAGAGAGAGAGGCGGAGGAGGAGAAGGAAGGAAGGAAGGCAGACCGGGGCUGGGCCUGACGACGGCGGCAGCAGGAGAAGGACUCGGGCGGAGAAGAUGGCGGACGGGGACAGCGGGAGCGAGCGAGGCGGCAGUGGCGGUGGAGGCGGCGGCGGAAGCAGUGGCGGCGGCGGCGGCGGCGGCGUGGGCUUCCAGGGCCACCGAGGAGGUGGAGGCCCCGGCAGCGGCGGAGGCCCGGGCCCGGAGCAGGAGACGCAGGAGCUGGCCUCGAAGCGCCUGGACAUCCAAAACAAGCGCUUCUACCUGGACGUCAAGCAGAACGCCAAGGGCCGCUUCCUGAAGAUCGCCGAGGUGGGCGCGGGGGGCUCCAAGAGCCGCCUCACCCUCUCCAUGGCCGUCGCCGCCGAGUUCCGAGACUACCUGGGGGACUUCAUCGAGCACUACGCCCAGCUGGGGCCCAGCAGCCCCGAACAGCUCGCCCAGGCCUCCCCGGGCGGAGAGGACGGCAGCGGGGGCGCGGGGGGCCCCCGGCGGGCCCUCAAGAGCGAGUUCCUGGUGCGCGAGAACCGCAAAUACUACCUGGACCUGAAGGAGAACCAGCGGGGACGUUUCCUCCGCAUCCGCCAGACCAUCAACCGCGGGCCCGGAGGAGGAGGCGGCGGCGGGGCGGGCUUCCCCGGCGGGCCCCCGGGCCUCCAGAGCGGCCAGACCAUCGCCUUGCCGGCCCAGGGCCUCAUCGAGUUCCGCGAUGCCCUGGCCAAGCUGAUCGAUGACUACGGCGCCGACGAGGACGAGCUGGGCGGCGGCGGGGGUCCCGGCGGUGGCCCCGGAGGCGGCGGCGGAGGCCUGUACGGGGAGCUGCCCGAGGGCACCUCCAUCACGGUGGACUCCAAGCGCUUCUUCUUCGACGUGGGCUGCAACAAGUACGGCGUCUUCCUGCGCGUCAGCGAGGUGAAGCCUUCCUACCGCAACGCCAUCACUGUGCCCUACAAGGCCUGGGCCAAGUUCGGCGGCGCCUUCUGCCGCUACGCCGACGAGAUGCGAGACAUCCAGGAACGCCAGCGGGACAAGCUCUACGACCGGCGAGCUGGGACGGCCGGCCCGGGCAGCGGCAGCGGCGCCGGGGACGACUCCGACGGGGAUGAUGUGGACGACGAUUGAGCCUCUUUUCUUCCUCUUCUCCAAACCCCUCUUUCCCUCCCCCCAGCCGCCGCUAUACGGGGAGGAGGGGUUGUCCCCCCCCCUCCAUGGACCGGGGAGGAGGAGGAGGAGUGGAUGGAAAUGGGGCGCAGGGCAACCUGAUCCUAAGCUUCCUUCUCCGCGAGGAGAGAGAGAGGAGCCCUGCCUGCCCUGCCUCCACCCACUUCUGAAUUGCCUCCUUUCCCCACUCUGUUGUCCCCCUCUCCUCCUCCCUCCUUCCAAGAUACAGCAUCUGUCCUUGUGAAUUGGCCCAGCUUUAAGCUCACCCCUCCCGCCCCCAGGCUUGCCAUCCUCUUUGCCCCAUAGAGAGAGAGAGAGAGAGAGAGAGAGGAAGGAAUUCCGGUGACCUCAGUUAACCUCCGUCCUCCUGGCCCGCAGAGUAGAGAAAAGGGGGAUCCUUUCCACCUGGUGAAAAAACGGGAUCCUUUCCACCGUGAAAAGGGGAUCCUUUCCACCAUUGAUUGGUUCGAGCUUCCCAAGGCUUCUCAUCUGCCCCCCACCCCACAGCUGAAAUGUGUGGUGUCUUUUUUCCCCCCACCCACCUACUUACAUCCCCCCUUUCUUUUUAAUUUAUUGGAGGGGGGCGAAAUUAGGGAGAGGAUUUCAUCUUGGGUCUCCCCUCUCCCUUCCUCUCGGUGCCCUCCCCUCUCCUGCAUUUUUUGAGCUCUCAUGUUCUUCCUCCUCCUCUUCCUCCUCCUUCUCCGCUCUCAAAAACCAGCGUUCUUGGAGACUGCGUGGCCACUGAGCACAGUUGGAAAAGGAAGAAGAGAAGCUGGCACAGCUAUCCAAGUCCAGCAGCGUAACCGGGCAAGUUGUUAACAAAAACCCCAACGUGAAGGGGAAGGUUGAAGCCCAAGGCAGAUGGGAGAGUUGAAAUGGGAAUGGGGGGGGGGGGAGAGAAGGGAGGAAGAGACAGGAAAAAUGGCCGAAACAACCCUGAGAAUGUUCCGAAAGAUGGGUUGAAAUAGGGAUGGAGCCUGUAUCUGGACCGACGUCCACUGAUGAUCUCCUCCUAAAUUUUUACCCGUAAAGCUACAGGUGCCUGAACUAGAAUCGAUAACGAAAUUAUUAUUCUAAAGUUGGCAGGUCAUAAUGAGUUUUUUUUCCCUUCUCCUCCUUAGGGGUGGGGGUGGGGGGUUUGCAAAGAGGCAGGUUCAAAAGAAGAAAAAAAGGCAUAAAGCACAAGGAAUGCAGAGUGGACUAGUUGCUGUUCAUUGAAAGUUCUUCCCCUUCUCUCUAAAUAAGGUGAAAGAGCAAAAUGGCUUUAGGCUUUAGUAGGAAGUAAAAAUUGGAGCUGCCUUUCUCUGGGCUUUUUUUUUUCCUUAAAAAAAAGAUGAUCUAUUCCAGUAAGGUGGAAUCUGUUCUGCAACUCGCCGGGUUUGUAAACACACACAACAAAAGCAUUAAAAUCUGG